AGUAUUAAACUUAGUAGUAAUAAUGGUUGAAGAAAUGGAUACAACAGGAGGUGCUUUGAAUAGUUUAUUUUCAUUUACCAGCCCAUCUGUAAAAAAAUUACUAGGGUGGAAACAAGGAGAUGAAGAAGAAAAAUGGGCUGAAAAAGCUGUGGAUGCACUAAUGAAAAAGUUAAAAAAAACGAAAGGGGCAACUGAAGAUUUACAAAAAGCUCUAAGUUCACCAGGACAACCAAGUAAAUGUGUUACUAUACCUAGAAGUCUUGAUGGUCGAUUGCAAGUAUCUCACAGGAAAGGUUUACCUCAUGUUAUAUACUGUAGAGUAUGGCGAUGGCCUGAUCUUCAGUCACACCAUGAGCUUAAGGCAGUUGAUCACUGUCAAUUUCCAUUCUCUGCUAAACAAAAAGAUGUUUGCAUAAAUCCAUAUCACUAUCAAAGAGUUGAAAGUCCAGUUUUACCGCCAGUACUAGUUCCUCGUCAAAGUGAGUAUGCUCCACAACAGGCAUUGCAACAAUAUCAGCCACCAAUUGAUGUUGGAAUGCCAAUUAAUGUAUCAAUGAAUACUGAUGGAUUCCCUGAAAGUGUAUUAACUACCAAUCAAACUACAACUAAUGUUUCUAAUCAAAUUUCUUCUACAAAUAACAUUAAUCCUUUUUCGGAUACUUCUCUAAUUGAGAAUACUUCAUUUUCUUCAGCAGAUGAUCCAAACAAAAUAAAUAAUAUCGAUAAAAAUACCAAUUUAGAAGAUCUUGAUGGUAUUCCAAUAGUUUAUCAAGAACAACCUUGUUGGGCUAGUAUAGCAUAUUACGAACUCAAUUCUAGAGUAGGUGAAGUGUACCAAUGUCAUUCACCUCAUGUGGUUGUGGAUGGUUUUACAAACCCUAGAAAUGAUUUAAAUCGAUUUUGCCUUGGUCAAUUAUCUAAUGUAAAUCGCAAUUCAACUAUUGAAAAUACUAGACGACAUAUAGGCAAAGGUGUUCAACUUUAUUAUGUUGGAGGUGAAGUCUUUGCUGAAUGUUUAUCUGACUCUGCUAUAUUCGUUCAAUCACGUAAUUGUAACCAACACCAUGGUUUUCAUCCAUCUACAGUAUGUAAAAUACCACCAGGUUGUUCAUUGCGUAUAUUUAACAAUCAAGAAUUUGCUGGUCUUUUAUCACAGUCAGUUAAUCAUGGGUUUGAGGCAGUUUUUGAAUUAACCAAAAUGUGUACAAUACGUAUGUCAUUUGUAAAAGGUUGGGGGGCCGAUUAUCACCGUCAAGAUGUUACAAGUACACCAUGUUGGAUUGAGAUACAUUUACAUGGACCUUUACAAUGGCUUGAUAAGGUAUUGACACAAAUGGGAAAACCUCAUGAUGCUAUAACAUCACACUCUUAAUAUUAAGAAAUGUUUUUAAAAUUUCAUUUGAUGAUUCCUAUGACCAUUAAAUUGGUAAAAUAUUAUUUUAUAAAGUUUAUUUUUUUUUAAUACUUUGUGAAACUAUUUGAUUAAUGGUUUAACUUGUAAAUAAAUAUAAAUAUAACUUAAGUAUAUAUUUUUAUAUUAUUAAGUUGUUUUUAAAUAUUUUUAGUAAAUACAAUUCA